UGACAGUCUACACGAGGAGCACCGACUUGAAGAGCGUUCUUGGCGGGAAAAGUUUGAGAAGUUUGUUUCUGACAAUAUUUCUCUCCAGCGUCGUUUUGAUCUUAUCAGAAGCGAAACACAAGCCGACAUUCAGGGACUGAAAGAGCAACUAGCAGGAAAGGAACGAGAAUUGAUCGCUCUGCGGGAAACAGAGGAUAGGCAGAAGCGUGAGCAAACCGAAGCCCUUCAGGAGGAGAUCAGGACAGUGAAGUUUCAAAGGGAACGGACGAUGCUGGAAGUGGAAGAACUCAGGGAUGAAUCUGCGGAGGUACGUCGGGAGAAUGCGAGGGUGCGUGAAGAAGGAGAAUUGGCGGAUGCGAGGUUGAAGAGUACAGUAAGUGCCCACGAGGAGGAACGGGAAACUUUUGAGGCUGAGAAAGAACAACUCGAAGCCAAAAUUACUGCUUUGGAAGCGGAAAAAAAGAUUCUGUCCGAGAAUCAAAAAACAGAGGAAGAAACUAAUCUGCUGCUAGAAAUCUCACGUCAGCGCGCCUUGAGAAAGGAAAAUAAAAGUCUCCAGACCAAUAGCCCGCCCAGAUUGAAAUCCGCAAGCACUUCGCCUCGAGAAGCGAGUCCGAAACUGGACAGUCUAAGAACAAAGGCGUCUUCUAAAGUCGUCGAACCGAAGAGCAAGGCCUCUUCUCCGAGAUCAAAGGACACUAUGACGGUUUCGUCGAAAGAUAGCAAGGCAGGAUCGAAAGAUAGCAAGACCGGAUCGAAAGACAUCAGUACGUCUACAACUAGGACGAUUAUGUUGUCAUCUUCAAAGCUGGAAAAGAAAGACACGAAUUAUACCAAAAACAUAAACGACAACAAGAGUACUGGUUCUGGUUCUCCUACCUCUACCGUUCCUCCUGAUCAACAAAUGCAGCUAACUGUUGCGCAGCAGAAUGACAUCGAAUUGAAAUGGCAUGCAGAAUUGGCCUUGUUAGAACAAGAUUUUAGACUGAAGCAACAAGAAACGGACAGAGCGCAUGAGAAUCAGUUGUCACAACUGCGUCACCUGUCAGAAGAGCAAAAUUCUCAGUUGGUGACGCUACACAGAGAAUUGGAUGCAGAGCAAGGUGCUAGGGAAAAAAGCACAAAACUCUUGGCGGAAGCGGAAGACAGACUGAAAGUCGCACAAGAUAAAGUCGAGGAACUUACUUUUAUGCUGCAAGCGCAAAUGCAGUUGGUAUUGCUGCAAGUUUGUCUACAGUUGUAUUCGAAAGAAAUUAAAGUCGCUAAAACUGGUGGUGAACAAAAAUGCACUUAGCUACAGUAGGACCAGUAAUGCUUCUAGAAGAAAGAGUCAGAAUGUACCUACUCCUUGGAAGUUGCAAACAGUCAACUUCGAUCUCGCGGUUACAUCCCUCGACGUUAUCAUAGUACUCUUCCUUGCUUCAUACUUUUGCAACUGGAACGAGAAAAGGAGGAAAGGCUAGCUGCUGCUCAGCGAGAUUCCGAAGCGCAUGAGCGGGAGACAACAGCGUGGCGUGAGGCGCGGGCAGUACUUCAAGGAGAAGCCCUGGCAUGGAAAGCCAGAUGUCAUGCCUUAAACAGCGAAAACAGCGCUCAAGCAUCGGAAAACAAGUCACACAAAGAGGAGACUCUAUGGCUUGUGGGUUUUGGAGAUUCAUAUGGGAUUCGGAUUCAGGAAGUUUUGAUAGUUGUCGCGCACAUCAGUCAAUCUGCUCGUUGAUGUGCAAAAAUUUUGACAGGAAUUUAAGUUAAUAUCCUUCAAGAAUAUUAUAAAUAUAUGACUCAGGGCCGAACAGCCCCCCCUCCCCCCCCCUGUCAACAUGAUCUCGUAGAAAUACUGACUUUGAAAAGUCCUAGGUGAAUCUCAUCAUAUAUCAACAUGAUCGCGGCUUCUAAGACCUACUCUUCUUCGCGCACAAGUAGCUGAGAAAUCACAGCUUUUAGUUCGGAAAGAGAAGCUUUUGGGGGAAACGAUCAAAGAAUUGGAGAAGCUCUCAACAAAAGUUGCCAAUCUAGAAUUGGGGUUAGCAUCAUCUUCAACCCCUGCUGGUAUAGCAAAAGGAACAACAGGAGGAACAGCGGGGACGAUCUUAUGGCUUGGCCUAAUUCAUAAUCAUCUUGACGAGAGAGAGAGGCAUCUUCGAUCCUUUCCUAUUUCCGUAACUGAGGAGAAAACCCGACAGAAUAGAUGCCUCUGAACAAGAUAGAUUCAGGCAAGCUAGCACUAAGGACAACAGGAAAUAAUAGGAGAAGACCGUCGUCUUCUUCAAGUAUAUCGCCUUUACCGUCUCAGCGCUCGCCGGCCGCGCGAACUCCUUUGUCUUCACGAGCGUCGAUGGCACCUGGUGUUGCGACAUCAAUAAGGGGACGUAUAUUGGCGGACGCGAGUAACACUGCAUCAGUUAAGAAGCUCUAAUCAUUUGUAAGUAUGUCCUUUUGCUUUUCGUAACGCUAGGGAGGAAAUAGUAAACAAUUGUCACAAUUUUUACUAGACAGCACCCAGCACAAGACUUGCCGAUCAUUGGAAGACGCUGAAAUCAGGAGCUUACUUGCCCGACCUUGAGGCCUCUCUCGACAUCCAUGUACAUUUUUCUCCUCCUUGUCCUUAUCUUGAUCUAAGCUUUGCGCAGACCUCGUUCACCAAACCGACGAGCUUCCAGAAAGUUGUCCCCCCGCAGCUCCAGUCGCAAGUCCUGCAGAGUCGCUGAAGAAAAAGGCUAGUGUUAAGAUGAGAGCAUGAGUCUUGUAUUUGUGUCUACUGUGUUUUUUUUGACUAAGUACCAUGGCUGGCAUUCAUUGAUCUCAGAGGGGUUCUCUAUGUAUAAGUACCUGCAAAAGUCUGAGUCAAGAGUAUGCAUCUUCGCCGCAUUUAGCCUUGUAUUUCUUAGACAGCAUGACUACAGGCAUGUGAGAGCGUGAGUGAAGUAAACUCUCCAGACAUCGCGUAGCGGGUUUCAGAAUAUCAUAGACCUCCUUCUUUAUGACAUAUACUUGCAAAUUUCACCACUCAGCUUUUGAUGAUACAACAUCAUCUUGAUCUUCUCUAAUGCCCUGACUCAAAUACAAAACAACAAACAACUUCUUUUUCCAUCCACCAAGCAAGACCAGCAGAGCGAUGAACUGGAGAGACAAGCUCACAGUUAAGGCUUGCCCUAAUUCAUCUCCCCCAUGAUCUCCAGAAGUCUCAAGUCAAGAUGAGUCUCAAGUCAGGAUGGAUUACAACUAGGCCGCUCAGGGUGAAGAGCGGUUCUAUUCGCUCUAAGACAGAAUAGAAGUGGAGCAACUCUUUGCGCAGAAAAAGCUACUUCAGGACAAUAAUGCAGUUUUGAGUAGCAAAUUCGCUGAUUUGCUUCGAAAAGCCGAUGAAAUGGAGGCGCAUAACAAGGCAUUAACCUUGCAGUUGGCGCAGUCAGAAGCGGACAACCAUUCUCUCGCACAAGAUUACUCUUAAGGGUAGGUUAAAGGUGCUUUUCUUACCGCUUUUUAUGCCUCUCCUAAGGGAGAAAGGCAUAACAAGCGGGGUAAGCGAGCACCAAAAACCUACAUCUAAUACUCGUUGUUGCACGAGGUAGUUGGAGGAGGGCGCGCUGAGAACAGGAGGCCCGCGUCAUAGUUUUUGUUCUUAGUUGAAGAAGGGAACCUUCAUGUUUUAUCGAAGAACAAUCGAGGAAUUAUAUAUUUAUCAGUACUUUGGAUUUUUGAAGAACUAAGAAGUACAACUACUACAACGUGUAAGUUGUAUCUUCAUUGUUUGAUUACCAUCGAAAAGAUCAAACCAGCACUAACAUGAGUUACUCUUACUAUCGUUAUUUGUGAUAUAUUUAUUAAAAAUCUUAGACGGCGUUUUUCACGAAUUUUUCUACAUAAUCCCUACUGAAUCUUGCUGCUCCCACAAGCAGGCUUUAUUUGUGCCAAUAAUAUAUAAGCAAUGAUUGCCAAUACCAAUACAUGGGAGCUAAGGGAGCUUAAAAAUGCGCGGAAUGAUCAUUGUCACUCGAUUUCAAGAUGAAUCGCAAUUGUGUCGAUCUUCCUACCACAAUUUUUUUUUCUCCUUACUAUGCACGACGGACUACAAAUACCUGUGGGUGUGGUCUCAGAAGUCUCACAACUACUGAUGAUCGAGCACUGGUAUACGGUUUUGUUAUCCACGAGAACUAGUUAGACAAGAACAUUGUCGGCUUUGCAGUUGUCGUAUUCUUGAAUACUUGAGAUAAGAAAAAUCACCAGGAGCAGGACUUUAUCUUCAAUGUUCAAUGUCCCACCAGCCUCUGAAAAAAGGGAUUAUGGAAGAUCAUCUUGCUCCGAGUUCCUAUUCCGAUCCAUUUUCGUCCACCUGAUCAAUGCAUACUGAAACGUUCUCGACACUCAUGGUCAGAAGAUCGAUAAGAAGGCG